AUGGAGUCGCUUACGAAGACACUAUUCCCGACCUUCCAGGCCGCGAUGGAAGCCGCCGAUACCGUUGCUGAGGCUGAGGCUACGCCCUACACAUUCGAACAUCGAAGCGGGAUAACGCUGGCCAACGCAAGUCUGCACUUGUUCGUUGUAUCAAGGCCGGCCCCUACGAAAAUCGGAAGGAUAAAGCUGCUCAUAUCUCUCGUCGUCGCCUCAAUACAGCAACCCAGAAAACAGACUAAGUAUCGCGACGACAUUAUCCGGAAGUUUAAUAACAAUACCCGGCCGACCGAUAUUGCUGGCGAGCUUCGUGACCUGGUUCACGACGAUCCUCGUUUAGCCGGUAUCACGGCUCAAGACGUGAGUAACGCCUUGGCUAGGCACCGUCAGGAAGAACUAGCUGGCCGUACGCCUCUUCAGUUUCUCUACGACCGGCUAGAUAAGUCCGACUUCUUUCAUCGAGAUAGUCGUGAUCCCCAGGGCCGGCUAACUGGGCUAUUUCUCGCGCCUCGUGCUACCUUCCAUCGAUGGCGUCAGCAUCACGAUGUCCUCGUCCUCGACUGUACCUACAAGACGAACCGAUUCAAUAUGCCGUUAUUGAAUAUCUGCGCGGCCACUCGAGAUAACAAAACGUUCUCUAUUGCCUCUAUCUUCUUGAACGGCGAGACCGAGUCCCAUUACUAUUGGGCUAUCUCGUUGCUGCUAGUCCUUUGCGAGAAGGAGUCGAUCCCAUUUCAAGGGUCACUGUCACGGACCGAGAUACUGCGUUGCUUAAGGCGUUAG